GUCUCCACAUUGUAGCUUCACGCGUCGUGAUCAUCAAGUACUACACUCAAAUAGUGAUUCGUAAUGGCCUAUAAUUGAGCUUCAAAACGGACUGAGGAAUCCAACUUUGAACUGGCUCAAGGUAUUGAAGCCUCAAUACGAUGGCCAACCUCAGGCAUUCCCUCGACCCCAUCCCAGACUACGACGCCCUCGUUGAUGAACUCAGCCAAGUCCUGCCGAAGGAUGUCAAGUUCACUGCCCACCACCUCUCCACUCCACCUACAACUACCGAUGCUCUCUGCCAUUCACCGGCCUACCCGCCAAACAAUGCGCAAUAUGGCAAUGCCAUUGAAUCAACCGAGCGAAGGGCAAGAAAACCACUACGAACGUACUGCGAGAAACACUUUUUGACCAUCUCGAUUGAUUCCCUCGACUCAAAGGAGAAAGUGUUGGUGCUCGCCUUGGAAAUCUAUAUAUACACUACGGCAUACUCGACUAUUAUUUUUGUGGCCAAGGCCGACUCUACAGGAUAUCUGAGCCUCCUGAAGCUUCCCAAAGCAACACCCUCUCCAAUCCGGGAGAUAACCACCACGUUCAUCACGUUCUUGAUCGCCAGUCGAAGACGGAAAGGCAAGCAGUGCAUCGUCAACCUUUUUGCGCGUGCGCAAUCGCAGUAUCUCUUCCCCGGAAGUGUCACAAACAGCUCAAAACAUGUGUUAGAUGACAGAGGACUAGUUCGAUGGUGGUGUCGGGUGUUGAAUCCACUUCUCGACGGAAGCGAGAGUGCGAGCGGGAGGAAAAUAUGGCAACACAUACAAGGCUAUCUGGUUAUACCAGGUUUGGACGAACAUGAAACUCGCAUGUUCUUACCCCGAAGUCCAACUGCCACGAAAUGGACUCUGGGCCACCCUUUGGAGCACAUGUCCCCCUACACCACGGACCCAGCGACAUAUGGGAGCACCGUCCCACCAAGAUGUCUCAUUCCAACGUAUCCAGAUGACCCGAAGGCUCGCUUUGUUGAGGAGCUGGAAGAGUCGACAUCCGAGAGACUCAAACUCAGUGGUGGAUGGAAAAGCCUAAGGACACUUGACCAGUUUUGGGAGAUGAUGGCUUUCCGGCAAGAGUGCUCUAGUGGUAGGAUGACGGGGUUCGCAUGGGUCGUCUUCGAUCCCCCUCGCUCAGCUAAGCCCAUACAGUCGAGGCCAUCUGCUGCAGUCAUUCCAACCCCGAGUGCCUCUUACAGUGGUCCUCCUAACGACGCAACGCGGCUACAGACGCCUGAGCCGAAUCAGGAGCUGCCUUCCUUCGUGACUCCUCAAUCAACUCCUUCCAAGUCCACGCAGUCAACUCCAAUGAAACCAAGAGAUCGUCCAAAGAAGCGGGUAAAGAAGGUUCUAAAGGGCCGCAUUGUUCCCCGGCAACCUCGAAUCAAAACACAUCAGCGGACUCACUUCCCUGAAAAUAUCGAAACACCACACUAUUACUGGCCGGAAGAGGGCAGAGGAAAGGUAAUUCUCGAUGAAUCUGGCUACAAGCGCGCCGUGGAGCUUCUGCUGCACCUUGAAUUUGGAACACUCGAGUCCGCGAUAUCAAGCACUGCUCGGUGGAUCAACGAAGUUAAUGUGGGCAGUGACUGGGAUCAGGAAAUUAUUGGUCGGCGCGAGUUACCAGCGCCAGAGCCAGCAUCCUCGGCAUUCAGCGGCGCCGUCAACGAUUUGUCAAGCAUGAUUAAAAAAAAGAAGCGACCAGCGACGGAGCUAGCUCCGGAUACUUCAGCACCGUCCGAGACCGCCACUGUCAACACACUUGGAGCUGGCCUAGUCAGGAAGAAAGCUAAGAUCACCUAAGUGAGUAGGUCGAUUCCAAGCACUGUUCCCAGUAUAUUGGAGUAAGGUUGAUAUUGUUUGUUUUUAUGGGGCGGCUGGCGUUGAACACAAGUUUGGAUUGGAAACUCUUAACUUGAAGGUAUAGCAUUGAUGGUGGAGCAGCCUGGAGAUACAUUCGCCCACUCCGUUAUUUAAUUAACUGAGGCUUCUGGGACUAACAGAUGGCUGUGGCAGCUUACAGCCUUGAUCAAUACAUCGCACUUUCAGACGCUGCGCUUGACCUCGUCCUACAGCGAGUUGCUACCCGCAACGAAAGAAGCAUUUUUCGUUACUCGCAGUCCUAUUUCUCCGGCAGCGUAUUUUUAGCAAUAAUCUUUGAGAAACUAUUGCGAGUAGUCCGUCGGGUUAGUUUCCCAUUGACGUUGAAACUUGUCCUGCGGUUGACCCGACUUACUUGCCUGCCCCGGCUUACACCAGCGCCUGCCUGCAAGCAAGCGAGAAUUAUGUCCAGCUCCCGGG